CCACAUCAAUCUCACGUCGACAAUUCAUAUUCCAAGCAAAUAGUUAGCACAACAAAGCCAUAAUGUCAUAUACCAACCAACCUGUCACUGGAACCGGUGCCAACGCUGGUGGUCAAGCGGGGGCCAGUCUCGCGGAGAAGAUCAAAGGGGCUGCAAAUGUCGCUCAUGGCGCGGGAGAAGGAAUAAGAGGUAAUAUAAACGCCUUUGUCGAUAAUCUCGGAGAAGGUAUCGCCGGUAGAGACCAUCCUACCGGUACAACCGCCACCCAUACCAACACUUCUACCGCUGGAUCUGGUGCUGGGGUAGGGACAGGAAUCGGAGCGAAACAUCACGUUCACGCGCCUGUUAUUGGGAAAGAAACGGGUGAGACGACAGCCGCUAGAGGGGAGAACGAGAUGAGUCUUGGAGUUGAACGUCUUACUAGCAAAAUGUCGGUCAUCACUCCCUUCAAGAAAGCAGCUAUCAUCGGGGCUGGUCAAAUGGGUUUAGGCAUAGCCUACGUAACAGCCCUCCACGCUCAAGUACCUCUAUCACUACACGACCCCUCCCCAUCCGUCUUAUCUUCGGCACAUACCAAACUAUCAUCUCUCCUCAAUCGAGACGUUUCCAAAGGUCGUAUUACCCAAUCUGUAGCGGACGAAGCUUUAUCUCGUGUCACACCAAAAUCAGGACAAGUGGAAAUUGAAGGAGAUACCGAUUUGGUCAUAGAAGCAAUACCGGAAAUACCAGAUUUGAAAAUCUCUUUGUUCGAAUUGUUGGGGAGGACAUUACCUCCUGAAAGUGUCCUGGGGAGUAAUACGAGUUCUAUUAGCUUGACGAAACUGGCUGCUGCUGCUGGUAGGAAAGAUGAGACAAGUGCGAAUAGGGUGAUUGGAAUACAUUUCUUCAACCCCGUUCCUCAGAUGCGUUUAGUAGAGAUCAUACCCGCCCUUCAGACCAGCCAAGAGACCAUACACCGAGCGAAAGAAUAUGGUAAAUCAUGUAAGAAAGAGGUGACAAUGUCGACCGACUCUCCAGGAUUCAUAGCUAAUGCUAUCCUCAUGCCUAUGUUGAAUGAGGCUAUAUUAGUUUUGGAGAAGGGAAUAGCUACAGCAGAAGAUAUCGAUACAACAUUUAAACUCGGUAUGGGUCAUCCCAUGGGACCUCUAGCCCUUGCCGACUUGAUCGGUCUCGAUACUUGUCUAUCUAUCCAACGUGUCUUACAUACCGAGUCGGGCGAUAGCAAAUAUCGUCCUUCUGGUCUGUUAGUCCGAAUGGUUGAUGCUGGGUGGUAUGGUAAAAAAUCCGGUAAAGGUUUCUACGAAUAUCCCUCUACUUCUUGA